UUUGUAUCUGAAGCUCCUGGAACUUUUCUCUUAUUGAGAUAGAACUUGGUUCAAAUCACAUUGCAUAUAUAUAGUACACAUGUGCUUCACCCAAGAAUUAUUAGAAUCCUCUAGUAAAACAAAUUGGAACUAUAGUGGGAGUUCUGUCUGGGAAGAUGCAGCCUCUGGACAAGUUGAUGGCUAUGUCAAAACCUCAAAGCCUGACUCUACAUGAACAAAGUGAGGCCCUGAAAGCACAUGUGUCUUGGCAGCAGGAAUCCAUCCCAGUCAUGGAAACAUGUGACUCCGAGGCCUCUCGUCGAAAGUUCAGACAUUUCCAGUAUUUGGAUGUGUCUGGGCCUCAUGAAGCCCUGUGCCAACUCUGGAAGCUCUGUCUUCAGUGGCUGAAACCAGAAGUUCAUACAAAGCAACAGAUCCUAGAGCUGUUGGUGCUGGAACAAUUUCUGACAAUUCUCCCUGAAGACAUUAGGACUUGGGUGAAUUUACAACAUCCAAAGAACAGCAAGGAAGUGGUGACCCUCAUAGAGGAUGUGAUUGGAAUGCUUAAAGAUGAAGGUAAGACCUGCAAGGAUUCUGUCCCGCUCCAGAAGGGGAGCAUCAAGGAGAAAAUGGAAGCUGACUCACUGACUAGCAAUUCCCAGGAACCAAUAUCAUUCAAAGAUGUGAUUGUGGAAUUCAGCAAGGAAGAGUGGGGACAACUGGACCCUGCUGUAAAGAACCUGUACAGGGACGUGAUGCUGGAGAACUAUAGGAACCUGAAUUCAUUGCAUCAAGAACAUGUAUUUUCCAAACCAGUUGAGCUCUCUGAGUUGGAAAGUAAGGACAGAAGAUGGAUAAUAGAGCAAGAAAUCCCAAGCACAUCUUUUUUUGACAGAGAGGUAAUUUCAGAAAACCAAGAUUCAGUUACAAAGGAGAGAAUUUCUGGAGAAUCAUCGUCUCAUGGAGAAAUUAUGAGAAGACUGACCAAAAGUGGACCCCCUUCUUCAGAUGCUUGGAUGAGUGAUGAUUGGCUAUACAGGAACCAGGAACACUGGGACAUAAAUUUGCCAGAAGAAGCUUUUGUUCACAAGACAGUCUACACUGAGGAGGGAAACUUUGAAGGUAGUGAGAAUAAGAAAAGCUUAGAUGUUGAGUCAGUUAAUUCAAUUUUUGAUAUACAACAGGGAAUUCCUAUGAAAAAGGGGUUCUCAAAAUGUGAUAAGUUUAAAACUAACUUCAAAUUUAAUUUAGAUUCAGUAGGUAAGCAACAUUUAGAAUAUAAUAAAUGUGGAAAUGCCUUGAGCCUGAGUAUAGACAUUCAGCACCCAGAAAGUCAUACCUUAGUGAAUUCCUAUGAAUGCUAUCAAUGUGGGAAAGCCUUCAGCCGGAGUUCAUCUGUCAUUCGACAUCAGAUCAUUCACACAGGAGAGAAACCCUAUAAAUGUAGUGAGUGUGGGAGAUUCUUCAACAGACGUACAAAUCUUACUAAGCAUCAAAAAAUUCAUACUGAAGCAAAGGUCUGUGAAGGCAAUAAAUGUGGAAAAGCUUUCAGUGAGAGUAAAAAUAGUAAUAAAAAUUCAAGACUUUAUUCUGGAGAUAAUCCCUACGAAUGUGUUAACUGUGGAAAAUCCUUCAGCCGGAGCUCCUCCCUUAUUCGACAUCAAAUGAUUCAUACAGGAGAGAAACCAUUCAAAUGUAAGGAAUGUGAGAAGACCUUCAAUAGGAGUUCAAACCUUAAAAAACACCAAAAACUUCAUACUCAAGAGAAGGAAGAAACUCAGGAUUACCUACAUCAAUGAAUUUAUACUGGAGGAAAUCCUGUGAAUGUAGUGAAUGCAAUAAAAUGUUUGUCAGGGAUUAUUCU